UUUGGGGAUACAGUGGUGGAGCACAAGAGACUCUCUUGGUCUUUGCCUUUUUAGAGCUUCAGUCUAGAAUGGAAGACAGACUUGAGUCAAAUAAUCACAGAAAUGGAACAUAAUAUUAAAAUUGGGUAAGUGCUAUGAAAUGAGUGAUUGACAUUUUGAAUGCUUAUUAUAGGAGGAUUUAAUUCAGGGAAAUUGGGGUAGAUUUAUCUGAGGAGUUGAUAAUUGAGAUCUGAAAGAUAAGGAGUCAGGGAAGAGCCUUCAAGAUAGGAAGCAGCCUUAGCAAGGGACUAAUGACCUGAGGGAUAUGGCUCUUUCAAGGGACUGAAAGAAAAGAGUGAAGAGCGGUGUGAAGUGGGUGUGAAGUGAGUCGGGAGAAGUAGGAAGGUGCCAAACCAAGGGCCUGGAGUUUUAUCAUUAGCUUAAGAGCGCCAGGAAGCUAUUUAUUUAAGCCAAAAGAUCAUGUGAUUGGCUUUACAUUUUCAGAGCUUCAGUCUAGCUGUAAUGUGGAGAAUGGUCUGAAAAAGGCAAAGGCAGUUAUGAGUAAUGUAGUAACCCCAGCAAGAAAUGUUAGGAAGUGCUUGUGGAGAAAUGGGAAGACUUAACAGAUAUUUAGGAAGUAAAAUGGACAGGAUAUGUAGAAUGGGAGAAGGAAGUAUCAAGGAUGACUUUACAGGCUGCUUCUUUGCAUACCUGGAUAGAAUGUCAGUCACCGAAUUGGGAAAAUUUAGAAGUUCGGUUUGUACAUGGUAUGUUGUAGGUGCUUUUGAGAAACUUAAGAGCUGUAAAAUGAGAAGUAGGGAUCUGGAGCUCAGACUUGAUGCCUCAGGUGGAGACCGAGAAAAAAUUAGCCACCUGUAAAUGAUUAUUGAAGCCAUGUGCAUCAAUGAGUGAAGAGGCCUAUUGGAGUCUUGAAUACUUACUGACCAGGUUAGGGGAAGAUGAAGCACAGAAGAUCCAGGAGGAGUGUCCAGAAAGGGAGGAAAACCAGAGGAAAAGAUGCUAGAACCACAGGAGAAUGGCUUGAUUGACUUACCAGAUUAUGAGCAUGUAGAAGAUGAAACUUUUCCUCCUUUCCCACCGCCAGCCUCCCCACAGAGAGAUGGUGAAAGAGCUGAACCUGAUGAAGAGUCAGGGAGAGGAGCACCUGUUCCUGUACCUCCAAAGAGAACAGUUAAACGGAAUCUACCCAAGCUGGACGCUCAGAGAUUAAUUUCAGAGAGAGGGCUUCCAGCAUUAAGGCAUGUGUUUGAUAAGGCAAAAUUCAAAGGUAAAGGCCAUGAGGCUGAAGACUUGAAAACGCUAAUCAGACACAUGGAGCAUUGGGCACAUAGGCUAUUCCCUAAACUGCAAUUUGAGGAUUUUAUUGACAGAGUUGAAUACCUGGGAAGUAAAAAGGAAGUUCAGACUUGUUUAAAACGAAUUCGACUUGAUCUCCCUAUUGUACAUGAAGAUUUUAUUGGCAAUAAUGAUGAAAUAAGAGAAAAUAAUGGCCAUGAUGUAACUACUACCGAAUUAGAUCCCUUUUUGACAAACUCAUUGGAAAGUGAAAAAUUUGCUUCUCAGUCAAGUAGAAGCCUAACAGAAGAAGAACAACAGAGAAUUGAGAGAAAUAAACAACUGGCCUUGGAAAGAAGGCAGGCAAAGCUACUGAAUAAUAGUCAGUCCCUCGGAAAUGACUCGUUAGUGAGCACACCUAGAGCGCUGACCAUUGAAGAGGUUGAUACAGGAGAGGAUCAAGAGGAGUCAUCAGAUGGAUGCAACAAAGACAUUCUAGACAGUCCACAUAAUGAUGCUGCUGCCAGUACUGUAAAUGAAGAGGAGGAAUUAAAAAUAGAGAAAACACAACUGGACCAAUCCUUUUAAAAUGUACAGUAACUGUCCUUCAUCCGGGAAUGUCACUGAGGUCAGACAGGCCUCAACUAGGAGAAAAUCUGUUAACUUGCUGUCCUUUAAGUUUUAGAUUACUAUGUAUUUUGUCUUCUUGGAGUGAAAAUCCUCAUGUAGUAAGACUUCUACAUAUUCCUAUUUAAAAUCUAUUUAUAAUUAUACUUGUUAUUUAGUUGAGCUGAUUUUAUUUUCUAGUGUUUAUAUAUAUAGGACAUCAUAAAAAUGAUUAGGAGUUAAUAAGUGCCUUCUGCUAGUGUGCCAUUGAAUGUUUCAUUUUCACACAAUUAAGUUUUUAUGAGGUAAAUAUAUAAUGAAUAUUGUCCAUUUUUAAAAAAGAAAUACAAAUCUUA